AAGCAAAAGUCAGCAGCUUUUUCUGACGCUCACACAACAGCUCUGCGCGUCGGACCCGUGUCCUUAAAACGGUCCUUAUCACACGCUUAUCGCUGCCUGCCUUCCUGUAAUUGGUACCUUGGCAGUAGGAAGAGCAUAGGUGUGUGCUUUCUGUGUAUUUCAACUUGUUGAAUAGCAGUACCUUACCCAGUGCGAAGAGUGCGCAGCGUUCAAGGUUCAGGAAGAUAAGGAGAGGUGAACGGCUGGACACGUAGCUCGUGUUAUGUUACCAAAAGGCUUGUAUCAGAUUACUGUCGGCAGCAGGUAGGAGGAAACCAGAGCUGUAUCCAGAUCGCCGUGCCUCCGACAAGCAGGAACUGGGACUGAAAAAAGGCGUGUUGAAGAAGCUAACGAGACUAGCGGAGUGCUUCCUGUUGUUUUGAAUUGGAAGAAGAGCGUUACCAUGGGUAAGAAGACACAACGCAGCCUGUUGCUUUUGCUGUGUUUGUCUUGGCUCGUUCACUGUUCUGCCGCUAUGAUGUUUUGGACUGCUGUGGUGGAAAUCAACUAUUUUAUCAGCCCUAACAAGACUGUGGAGAAAGACUGUGAGUGCGGCGUGUUUGGCCGCAAUUCUCCGCUUGCCCAAGCCGCAGGGGUCGUCAUUCUUCCCAACGGAGACCCCAAAGGCUGCGGCCAGGAGACUGUGUACAAUGCCACCGCAUUAUCCUGGAUUGCUCUCGUUAAAAGGGGAAACUGUACUUUCAGUGAAAAGAUCAACGGCGCCAAACGUCAAGGGGCGUCUGCCGUGGUGGUAUACAAUGUGGACGGCAGCGGCAACAGCACCACUUACAUGGCGCACUCCGAGGCUCUGGAGAUCGUGUCCAUCAUGAUCGGCAACAUUCAAGGCGUGGCGAUCGCCAGCUUGGUGAAGAACGGAACAGAAGUGCGGAUGAUCAUCGACGCAGGCAACCCUCACGGCCCCUGGAUGGACACCUACUGGCUUUAUUUCAUGUCCAUCGCCUUCUUCAUCGUGACGGCCGCCUCGGUGGGCUACUUCUUGUUUAUCUCAGCGAACCGCCUCUACAACAUGCGCAUGCACCGGCGAGCUGAGAGGAGGCUGAAAUCCGAGGCCAAGAAGGCCAUCGGGCACCUGCAAGUGCGCACGCUGAAGCGAGACGACGCCGAGGCGACGAGCGACUCCUACAUGUGCGCCGUGUGCAUCGAGUCGUACAAGGCGGGCGAGGUGGUGACGGUGCUGACGUGCGACCACAUUUUCCAUAAAGCCUGCAUCGAGCCGUGGCUGCUGGAGAAAAGGACCUGCCCCAUGUGCAAGUGUGACAUCCUCAAGGCUCUGGGAGUCGAGGCAGAGGAGAAGGAGAGCAUGUCCCAAGCUUCGCCGCAAGAGGUCACCUUCAUAACAGUGACAAGUGGGGAAGCCAUGUAUGAAGUCCCGCUCACUGACCCUCUGAACUCUGACCCCGAGAGACAGCAGCAUCACUAUGACAACAGGGCCUUUGAGGGGGAGGCUGCCAUAGGACAGUGACGGCGAUAGAUACCACACCAUUCGAUCAAAUUCAGUCAAAUUAGCAGGUUAAAAUCAAUAUGCUUAUUUUUCUUGGACAUAAUCAAUGUACCUCCUCAUUGGAAUCCAGUGAACCACCUUGCAAAUGCGGAAGUAAGUUUCGCCCCUUCUAAAAAGGUUUGUAAUUGAUGAUGGCAAAGCACUGCUUAUGUUUAAAUGAAACUCCUCAACUGAUUUCAACAUACUGCCUUCAACAUCAUGAUGCCACCAGAUGGCGCCAAAGCAAUACUGUUAUUGCUGUGGCCUGAGCACCUUGUUCAGCCAACAAUGGAUCCUCCAUUGUUCCUCUAAAAACAUUACAAAUAGGCAAAUUGAUGAAAAUGCAGCUGUUCACUGUAACCUCAAAUGACAAUGUGUUUGAAUAGAUUGUACAGUUAAUAAUGGUACUGCACCUUAUGUAAUGAGCUUGGUUGCCAUUUAAGGGUGUGUUUCUAAAGUUAUUUUCUAGUAUGGUGAGUAAGUCGAGUCAUGUUGGGGCUAGUGCAAUUUCGAUUCUGCUUUGCUGACAUCACAGCGAGUCACCACUCUUCGGGGAGGAAGUGCAACCGAAUAUUAGGUUAUCUAUGCUAGUCAAAUUCUGAAUUCCAAAUUUCACCUUUUCAAUCAGGAACAGUGCAUGUUUCUUGUUAGUUAACAUGGGUGGUUAUUCCUGAUCUUAUUCACUAAUUCACUUAACGUGGCAAACCGCACACCAGGUUGUCAAGCUGGAUUUGUCAACGCAAGCCGGUAAACACACCCUUGCCUUUAAGUGCAGCAUGACACAUUGUACCAUGGUGAGUGGAGAACAUCACCCCAGGGCUUUCUGGGGGGUUUCUCCUCAUGAACACAUUCUAUAGAUACAGUACAUGUUCAUGUUAACACAUCAUUUACUUCCUUCAGCUUGUACUUAGAACUGGAAAGUCCCUCUGCAAUAUUGAUAAGCAAUAAAUGUCAAAGUGGAGAUAACGUCUGUAAUCAUAGUGAUUGUGUAUUUGUUGAUUGGGGGAAAUGAUCUUUAUGUGUACUUCUUUUAAAAUUACAUCCACAUGUUGAGAUUGUGUUGUCAUAAAGGAGAGGCUCGUGCCUAUUUCUGUAUGUUUGUGUGUGUAUAUACAAACUAAUUGAAUCCAAGAAUCCAUGUAUUUACAUACAAAUUCUCAUCUGGCUACACUUUAGGACACAUGCAAUGUCUGAGAUAAAGUCAGUCCCCCGUACAGGGGAACUAAAGUUCGUAUCAGUUUGCUGUUGGACCUGUGCUGUUGUAACAGGACGCAAUAUAUAUUUUUCUAUUCGGAAUCAUUUUCACUGUGUUGCAGAUUUUAGGAGUCGUCAUUCUGUAACAAUGGUAAUCAUUUGUUGUAUGAAAUCACAUUGAUGCGUUUCAGAAUGUAAUAAAUCCCUCAAAAUGAGGUUGAUUAAUA